UUUGGAUGGUCUAUCGGCGAUGUCAUACUGCUUGCACAGUAUAGUUGGAAGGUCUAUGAAAGCUUUGCCGACGGCAGCCUCAACGCGACCAACGAGUACGAUCGCUUCAAGCGAGAAUACCGACAAGUAAUCGCCUGUCUAGAAAGGCUCGCCGAUGUCAGUCCCGAUCUCGCUUCCCUUGCAGGAUUCGAUGAGACGUUCGGAGAUACUAUCAGGUUCAUUGACAAGCAUCGCAUUCUCACCGCAAAAACGACGCAGCCCUUGAUCACAACAUUACCACAAACCAGCAGUAAACUCAAGGACUUUCUAGAGCGGUUGGGACGUGGAUACCAGACAGCGACAUGGCCAAUAUAUCGCGAAGAGGCAGAGAAGCUUCAUGGGCAGCUUGAUCGGGUGGUUGCCAUCGCCGCUCUGCACGCAACAACGACUACACUUAAGAAUACCCAAGGUAUCGAGAGGCAGUCGGAAGAUAUCAUGCGUGCGGUGAAGUAUAUUAUCCAUCGUAUCCUGUCANNAUCUCUGAGUGACAAAGUCAACUUCGUGCUGAAAAGAAUUGCUCCAACAUUCUUCACAAGCACAUCUGAUCUGGAUCUAGAAUACCUCGCAACACUAUCUCAUACUAGUAUCAACCAGCCGGACACGCUCCAUCAAGCCAUUGUAAAUAUGGAUCGAAGUGCGUCGCCAAACGACAUGCUGCAACUGCUACACCAGUUCUCGCAAAAGAUGGAGUACCUGAUAAUGAGAGACUCUAGAGGGGUGCGCCCAGCGGCGAGAUUCCAGACUCCGAACAGUCACGACCCUGUCACAACUGAGCGAAUUGGACCUGUUCUGCAGCUUCUGGAUAGUGCUCGCACCAUUGCAGAUGCCGCACUUGGUCUCCCUCGCACACAAAGCCGUGUUCAAGGGCGUUCAGCGAGUGCCAGCCUUGAAGCUCGGAUGGAUGACUGGGAUGUCUUUGGUCAAUGGUUGAAGUGGCACAUGCUGCACGACAAUUCACCUGAGCCGAUUCGAUCGAACUAUACUACACGGCCUUCAAUUGUUGCGUCGCUGAACCAGUCCCCGCCUACAAGUCCAGGGGCUGUCGAAGCGCCACAUCAACAUCUUACUGGACAGUAUCGAGACAUAUCUCCAUCUAUCAUAGGUAGCCCUCUUCCAGAACCAGUCUGGACCCCCAGCACCGAAGCAUUUUCGACACCAGGUACUAUCUUUACUUCCGCUAGCAGUCAAAGAAGAUUUUCAUCCAUCGAUCUCGGAUCUUCCUACAUCGAAGAAACCACGCAUUUGGCCUCACCCACGUGGCCCNNCGUUCUUGAGAACAAGCGAACAUUCGACGUCCUGUUGGAGAUACUGAUCUCCCAAAGUGGUAUAGUAGAAAAGCUUCGCAGCAAGACCAGAGAUAAUAAAUUCACCCUGUAUCAUGUCCCGUCUGGCGGCACAAAUCGAGCCAACGCUUUUGUUCCAUGGAUCGACAACAGCCGUGUACACAAAUCAAGCCUUAACGAGGCCAGGCUACAGUUCAAGGGGUUGCACCAGGUUAUUGUCAAAGAUGAGAAGACCCACAGAAGCACAAUAUACAACACGCGCCCGGUAUACCACUUUGACGAAAUCGAGCAUCUGCUACAUGUACAGGAGCAACUACUUGGUAANAGUGUGGUCGCGACGUUCGACGUCGUCCGGAUUUCAACUCGUGCUGGUCAAGAUCACUGCGCAUCUGAGACACUACGUGUUCUGGAGGACGCAGAGAGGCAGAGAUCAUUUUUGUACUAUGCCCACAAGAUGCCGUCAAAAUCAGCUAACACGAAUCCUGGCUUCGUUGAGUGGUCAUCGAAUGACUUCGAGGACAUCAAGAAGGAAGGCAAGAAGAAGAUCAGAAUGACAUUCAGCCGACGAGACAGCUUGCCACGCAGGUCGACAAUUGGUAGCAUCGACUCUGUCCUCUCACAUGAUUCGACAUCGAGCGAGGAUGUACAAACCAACAUCAAGCAUCGCAUCAAAGCAAUCGAUUGCGAGUUCUAUGAUCAAGAAGACCGCGAAGCAUUUGAAGAGUUGUGUAAGCCGUCGUCGGCACCAGUUUUUCGCAUGCCUUUCAGGCCGCGGGAUCUGGGCGUUGGAUCGCCAAUAUCCGAGUUGAGCAUUGGUCCGCCGCUCGCGGAAUUAAAAGGA